AUGACGACCAUCAAUCGAGUCCUCAUUUUUGACAGCAACAAAGCGGAGCUGAUUGUGGACUACAACAAGGACAGCGUGGAUGUGGAUGUACACAAAAUAAUUCACAAAAUACCUCCAAAUAACUCGAAAUUGAGUUACUUGUAUGGGGAUUAUUUGGUGAAUUAUGAGUCUGUGGACGGGAUCAUAUAUCUGGUUAUAACGCACAAAGACUUUGAUAGACAGAAAUCAUUCGGUUUUAUAAGCAAAUUACAGCAUUUGGAUGACUUGAGUGAUGAUAGCGUUGCGAGCCUUCUAAACACUCCAACGCAUCAGCUACACUCGAAUAUAAAUCAAGUAAAGCAAGUCAUGAUCGACAACGUCGACCAGAUCAUCAGUCGUGGUGACAGAAUCGAUAAUCUCGUCGACAGGACUAAUGACAUGUCUUCUCAAGCUUUUGCGUUUAGAAAGAGGUCCACGAUGCUGAGGAGACAGAUGUGGUAUAAGAACAAGCGUAUCCAGCUGCUUACUGGGUUUGUUGGUGUUGUAAGUGGAUUUUUCACAUCUGAGUCAACUCUAAUCAAACACCAAGCUGAUGCUCUAUUUAUUCACGUCCACGUUCUGUGGGCUUUCAUUGACACACUGCUAGCGUUGCUGGUGUUUAUACUUGCACCUAAUUGUACAAUACCUUCCUUCAACUUGAACAUCAUUUCGACGUAUAAGUUGGCUAAAUUGACUGGUUCGUGUUUGUUGAGAGGAUCGCAGCUGAGAAUGAAUUUCAUUACUUCUCCCUCACAAACGACUCCAAAGAGACUUAAUCCGCUCAGGCUACACACCUCACUCCCAACGCUCUCUCCUACCGAACAGGGCAAGCGUAUAGCUGCAUAUGCCGCUGUGGAUGCCAACGUCAGCUUGGAUUCGAGGGUAAUAGGCAUAGGCUCUGGCAGCACUGUCCCGUAUGUCAUAGAGAGGAUCGUCCAGCAAGGAGAAGCCAACGUGCAGCGGGUGUUUAUUCCAACCGGCUUCCAAUCGAAACAACUUAUCGUGCAAAACGACCUCGUUCUCGGCGACGUCGACCAAUACCCCGCGAUAGACGUGACACUCGACGGUGCCGAUGAGGUGGACGGCAACCUCAACGCUUUGAAGGGCGGCGGUGCUUGUCACCUGCGGGAGAAGGUACUGGCGGAGGCCGCCAAUAUCUUCGUCAUCGUCGCCGACGAGCGCAAGAACAGCAAACUGCUCGGAACGACUUGGACGCAAGGUGUGCCUAUCGAAGUAGCCCCGUUCGCGUAUGCGAAAGUGCUGCAGAAUGUGCAAAAACUAGGCGCUAUGCGGCCCACUCUGCGGAUGGGGGUGAGAAAGGCAGGACCCGUGGUAACUGAUAAUGCAAACUUUGUCAUAGAUGCGCCGUUCAGCGAGAGCUACUACCGCGAUCCCAAGGAACUGCUUAUGCGGAUCAAGAUGCUGACAGGUGUGGUGGAAGUGGGGUUGUUUUGCGGGAUGGCUAAAGCUGCUUACUUCGGCUACUCGAAUGGCUCAGUACUCAUCCGCUCCGCUGAUGGCACCGUUUGCGAGCAGGCCAGUACGCGCGAAACCACACACAACGUCUACCCGAGAGCACUUGAGAAAGACCGCCACGAGAGUCGCAAUGGACUGCAGAACGUUACCAAGAAGCAGGGCGCUGGUCCGCAUGCCUGGGGCACCUACGACGAAGAAAUCAAUCACUAUGAGCUGGGCGUGAAAGACACGCUGGUUGGGCUGCGCAUGCGCAAUCCACACGCUGCAGAGAACUCAGAUACGCGUCACCAACGCCGCACUUCCAAUGUCUCAGUUGAAGAUCGCGAUAAUGCAAGAAAGGAGCGUUUGUCGUUGGGUAACGAUAUCACUGACCUCUCCGCUAUCGCUCGUUCAUCUGCUGCUGGGAGCGUGAAUGCGAAUGCGAAUGGAGACGCUCUUGUCGAUGCUCAUGUGGAGUGA